UUUUUGUGUUUUCUAUAGAAGGUGACUGCUGUUGGUAAUAAAAUAUUAAACAAUAAUAAUAAAUAAAUAAAAUGGGAGACUGCAAGAAAUAGUGAAAAGGUGAAUGCGAGAGAGACAGAGCAAGAAAAUAUUUGGCUAAAAGAAACAUUUCAUACAAACAAACAACUGAAGUUCUACCACUCAAAGAAAAAAACAUGCAAAAAUUGCUGAUCAUCGCCUGCUUGAGCAGCAUCUUCAAUCUGUUGUUGGCAGCCCCCACAGAUGAAUGUGAUUACAAGCAGCAUCGUUGCUUAAUCGAUGUCUUUGCCCUGCGUCGACAACAAACAAGCAGCAGACGAGUGCCCAGCGAUGUGGAUAUAACAUUGAAAUGCUUUCGUCCACAACGUAAAUGGUAUUACCAAGAUAAAUUACAGCAUGAAUAUCCUUUCUUACGUUUGAAUCGCAUACAACCCGAACAAUCGGGUAACUACAGUUGUUUGGAUGGUCAAAAUAAUUGGUCAAAUAUCACAUUAAUUGUUGGCCAUCAAGAGGCUGAAACUCUGGAUAAUGAUAUUGCCAGCAUCGAUAAAAUUCUACAUGACAAACAGGAGGAAGAGGAGCAGGAGGAGGAGGAGGCAGAAAAGGAAUCGGUGGAACAAUUAGAUUUUCGUCUAUUGAACGCAAAUCAAACACAAAGAUUACCUCGUCUAGCAGAAGAUUUGCCACAAGUUGUGCAACGUCCAGCUGAUAGUUUCUAUCAAUUCACUUGUCAACCGAAUACAAAUGAUGAGAGGCAACCAUUGAAUAUCACAUGGCUGCACAAUGAUAACCCCAUUGUCGUCUCGGGCGGACGAGGACGCAUAAAAAAGUUGAAAUGGUCACUGAAUGUGACCCAAUUGCAAGUGGAGGAUAGUGGCAACUAUUCGUGCCGCAUGUGCAAUACUUAUGGAUGCAUUGAAAGUAAACCCAGCCACCUGGAGGUCAUUACACGCACUCAUUUACCUCCCCAAUUGAAAGAGGGCUUGCCAAAGAAUGUAACCACAGCGCCGGGCGAAAAUGUCAAUUUCCAUUGUGAUCUAGAGGACUCCAAAUUGGAGACAAAGAUCACAUGGCGUCAUGUGAAGCCGCAUAUAGUGGAUAUCAAUCAGUUAAUUGAACAAUUAACCAAUCACCCCAUGGAAGUGAAUAAAAAUGUAGAGCAAAUGCCCACCAUACGAGAUCAUCCGCAUUUGCUGAGUCUCGGCAAUGUCCUGGACGAGGAUGAAGGCUGGUAUAUAUGCAUAGCAGAGAAUCCAGUGGGCAAUACUGUGGGUGCUGCCUACAUGGAAGUUAGUUCAGCUUUAAUUACCAGCAGCACGACAACAACAACCACAACGACCCCCACCAUUCCAGUGACCACCACUGAGGCCGACGAGGAUUCGGAUGAUAGUGCUGGCGAUAGCAUUGGCGAUGCUACAAACGAUGAAUCUCCGCCAGUUUUUCGUAAGGGAUUACUCCGGCAACAGCAUUAUGUGGCCGGGCAGACAAUCACUCUAAGUUGUCCAGUGGCCGGUAGAGCCACCAUCUCAUGGACAAGGAAUAAUAAUACUCUGAAUCGUCGUUUUGGUGGUAUUUUGCAAAAGAAAUGGAUGCUACGCAUACAGGAUGUCACCACAGAGGAUAAUGGCCUAUACACCUGCACUGUGUGCAAUACCAAGGGUUGCAUACGCUUCGAGUUCAAUGUGUGCGUGAUUGAACGUGUACGUUCCUCGCCGAUCAUAUCGCCAGUGCCGCAGAAUCAAACGGCCUAUAUCAAUGAGACAACGACCAUUGCUUGCUCCGUUUUCUCCGAUCUCCAGCCGACUGUCGAAUGGAUACGUGUUGUGCCAGGAAAUCACUCGAAGGCAAAUGUUGUGCCCAUCAAAUUGAACACUACUCAGGAUACGGAACAUUCGAAUGGCAUGUACAAUAUCACAUUGCGGCAUAUAAGCCUAGAGGAUGAGGGCUGGUAUACAUGCAUGGCCUCCAAUUCGCUGGGUACUAAAAAUGCCAGCUUUUAUUUGCGUGUCACCGAACGACCGCCCAGUAUCUAUACGGUGCGGCGUUCCCUAACUCCGGGCUUUGCUGUGGCCAUUCUGAUCAUAUUGACGUUCUUUCUCAUAGGCAGUCUUCUGAUUGUCUAUAUGCUGAGACGAUUGCGUCGCGAGAAAUUACUUAAACAUCGCAUCGAAACGGUCCAUCAGUGGACCAAAAAGGUCAUUAUCUAUCGCCCCGAUAGCGCCGAGGGUAAUUCCUGUUCGGCUGGUGAUCUUCAGAUGCCUGUGAUCAAGAUUGAGAAGCAACGCACCACAUUCUCGACCACGGGAUCGGGUUGUGCCGAUCCCUCGCAGGCAUUUAACGAAUAUGAAUUCCCAUUGGACUCCAAUUGGGAGAUACCACGACAACAGCUCUCGCUGGGCUCAAUUUUGGGAGAGGGAGCCUUCGGACGAGUGGUCAUGGCCGAAGCGGAUGGCCUGCCACGCAGUCCCAUUUCAGCUGAAACCAUUGUGGCCGUUAAAAUGGUCAAGGAAGAGCACACGGAUGCCGAUAUGGCCAGCUUGGUUCGCGAAAUGGAGGUCAUGAAAAUGAUUGGCAAGCACAUCAAUAUCAUCAAUCUGCUCGGCUGCUGUAGUCAAGGUGGCCCACUUUGGGUCAUUGUUGAAUACGCUCCGCAUGGCAAUCUGAAAGAUUUCCUUAAACAGAAUCGUCCUGGUGCUCCCAUGCAGCGGCGCAGCGAUAGUGAUGGCUAUUUAGAUGAUAAACUCCUGAUGACACCGCAACAGCAAUUGGGCGAAAAGGAGCUAACCAUGUUUGCCUUUCAAAUAGCCAGAGGCAUGGAAUACUUGGCCUCGCGACGGUGCAUACAUCGUGAUCUGGCUGCGCGUAAUGUAUUAGUUAGCGAUGGUUAUGUAAUGAAAAUCGCCGACUUUGGACUGGCCCGUGAUAUACAGGAUACGGAAUAUUAUCGAAAGAAUACCAAUGGACGUUUGCCCAUCAAAUGGAUGGCUCCCGAAUCGUUGCAGGAAAAGAAAUAUGAUUCACAAACCGAUGUUUGGAGCUAUGGUGUUCUGUUAUGGGAGAUAAUGACAUAUGGCAAUCAGCCAUAUCCGAACAUUAUGUCCGCCGAAGAGCUCUAUAGCUAUCUGAUCACAGGUCAGCGAAUGGAGAAGCCAGCGAAAUGUUCACUCAAUAUUUAUGUUGUGAUGCGACAAUGCUGGCACUUUGAAUCCUGCGCCCGUCCCACAUUCGCCGAACUGGUGGAGAGUUUCGAUGGCAUACUGCAACAGGCUAGCAGUAAUCCCAAUGAUGCUUACUUGGAUCUCUCCAUGCCCAUGCUGGAAACGCCGCCAUCAUCGGGCGAUGAAGAUUAUGGCUCCGAUACGGAUACAUACCAAGAGACUUCCCCGCUUAAACAUCCAUGUACCACCACCUAUAAGUUUAAAUAGUUAAACAUAAAUGUCGGUUAUAAAAAAUAUA